GCAGCUCGCUCUCGAGGUGGCGUCGCUGUUCCUCUCCCUCCUCUUGCCCGCCUCCCUGGUGACCCUGUUCUGGUUCGCCGUGUUUCUGGUUCCUGGUCGCGCACUCCACGUUGUCCUCGAGGCCGCUCGCGGGCGCAUGCGCGUCUUCAACGUCCACAACCACGAGUUGAGAGCGAGCGAGAUCCAGGCGGCGCGCGCUGCCAUUCGCCGCGCGCCGGGGGAAGCGCGCGAGGGCCCGUCCAAGGUGCUGGCGAUAGACAACGGCGACUUCAACGUCAACGACGAGGGCGCCCCUGCCUGGCGGUCGGCCUUCGCGGACAUGCUGGAGACCGAGGGCAGCGAGCCCGCGCGCUUCGAGGUCGCGUCUGGAAUGGCCCGCGUGCUGGGCCGCAUCUUCGUGCUCGCUGCAAG